AUGGAAUCCGGCAGCGUCGUUGCAAGCCAUACGACUGCCCCUCUUGCAUCCCGAAUGUCUAUGCCACCUUUAGCGUCUCAAGCACCCCAGUCAUUACAACCUAGACCUCUAAAAGAGCUCUCUAUUGAAGUUCAAGAGGCAGCUAUAUUGGAAGACCUGCUCAUCAUUCUCAUGGGCUAUGAAGGGCAGUAUAUUCGGUUUGCCAAACACUAUAACCCAGCUGUGGAGACACAGCGCCUAGCUGGCCCCGGUUUCAGGAUUUUGCCUGGGCUAGAUCCUGCUCUGCAAGAUCUCACCAUUGCAAUGCUGAAGAUAGCUACCUCUUAUGGAGCCAUACAAGCAUUUGUUGAGGUUCAAAGUAGAGAGGAAUUUGGAUCCGUGAGCCGCGCCCUCUGCGCUGCUAUUGGGAAGCUAUUACACAAUUAUCUCGUUCUGAUGGUGCAACUCGAAACACAGUUCCUUACGAAUUCAGCAUUCACUUUACAUACCUUGAACCUCCAUACCAUUUCAGCCGGCCAUAUGAUGUACCAGAUACAUUCUCUCGCUCAUGAGAUAUUGAGACGAAACUCUUUGUUAGAAGAGGACAGAGACUCGGACCCAGAUUUUGACGAUAUUGAGAACUUCUUAGACGCAAGCCGGCCAUAUAUGACGAUGUUAAGCGAAUGGCUUCACUACGGGAGUAUUAAGGAUCAUCAUGCUGAGUUUCUAAUCCGAGAGCAAACAAGUAUUAGGCGGGAGAGGCUUGAAGAGGAUUACACAGACGAAUACUGGGGCAGGCGCUAUACUCUUCGGCAUUUCAAUAUCCCUCCGCAACUCGAUAGUGUAAAAUCCAAGGUUUUACUGGCAGGAAAAUACUUGAAUGUAGUUCGUCAGUGUGGCGGGGUUGACGUGAGAGCAGUCAAAGACGUACCUCGCUCUUUUGACGAUAUUCGAUUUCUGGAUAAUAUUUACAACGCAUAUGCAGUCGCUAACGAAUCUUUGUUAAAGCUACUACUUACGAAUUAUGCUCUCCCUGCCAGAUUACGCUUCUUAAAGCAUUACUUCUUCCUUGAUCGGUCCGAUUUCUUUUCUUGCUUCCUCGAGCUUGGAACGGCUGGACUUCGAAAACCAGUCGAUAAUGUUAAUACCAGCAAACUCCAAUCGUUGCUCGACCUCGUUCUUCGCCAACCAGGAAGUGUGGCUGCUCGAGAUCCUUUCAAAGAAGACGUUAAGGUUGAGAUGAACAAAAUCAGUCUAAUAGAAUCAUUGACUCGAGUAGUUAACAUAUCUGGCAUGGAACUGGAUGAAGCAUUUCCAAACCCAACUUCUCAAUCUACCGAAACUGAGAAAGUAGCUAUUGGAUUUACAUCCUUACAGCUUGAUUAUUCGGUACCAUUUCCAGUGUCUCUAGUCACUAGUAGAAAGACUAUUUGGAGAUAUCAAGCGUUACUCCGCUACCUUUUAUCAUUGCCUACUUGGUCUCAUCAAAGUUCGAGCAGAGAAGUCGAGAUCUGGAAGAGAAGUGUCUUUACGUUACGCGCUCGCAUGCUUAAUUUUGUUCAGCAACUGUUUUACUUUUGUACUUCAGAGGUUAUUGAGCCAAAUUGGCAGGCUUACAUGGAGAAACUCAAUGGGAAAGAAGACGAAAACGGUGGUUCAAAGCUUGUUGUCAGCACCGUUGACGAGCUUAUGGGAGACCACGUGGAUUUUCUUGACACUUGUUUGAAGGAGUGCAUGCUUACAAAUAGUAAGCUCCUCAUGAUACACUCCAAACUUGUGCAUACAUGCUUCCUUUUCGCAAAUUCUACAACAGGGCUCUCACGAGGACUUGAAAUCAACGACCCGGACUUUUCUGGUACAGAAAGGCCAGCAAACAUGAAUAAGCAACAAUGGGCGCGGUUUCAGAGUGAGAAACAUCGACGUGGAGAUGCAACUGCAUCAACUUCUACCAGCAAGAGAGAUGAGACGCCACUUGAGAAGAUGCAAGGCGUUUCAAGGAAGCACGGAUUCAACUUUGACAGACACCUUCAAAUUCUGCUAGAUGCCUUGAACCAUUAUGCUGCUACUGAAACCGUGGUGUUGCUGGGGCUGUGUGCAAGACUAAGCACGGCAAACCAGGGCACGGAAUCCAGCGGUGUUUCCAGAACCAAUGAAGAGGCUAUAUUGUGA